AUGCGCCCAACUCCAGGCAUGGCGAACCGACGCGAGAGAGGCGGCGACACUGAGGAGGAGGCACUCCUUGCAACGCCCACCGCCAAUCUAGCAUGCUUCAUCACCACCGAGGCCGCCCUCGAUGUUGCCGAGGAUGAUUCAGGCCCCUCGCCCUUUCAGUCCACCUACCCUCGACGAAAGGCGAGUUUCGAGUCGCCUACCCAUGCCUCCCGAAGCCGGUGGCCCUCCCCCACACCCACUGGUGAUAGCAUCGCCUCGCUGUCCUCGUCAGCUUUGGAUACCGAGUAUGAGGGGAUCACGACACAGGAUCACUCGCCCAUGGUGGCGGACUCAGCUUUAGCGGCCAUGUCGGAGGCCCCGUCUCUUGUCAGCGGCGUUUCCUCACGAAGACAGUCGGUCGGGGAGCUACCACGCUCCGUCCUCGAUGGGGCAUCGUCCUUCGCACCAAGCCCCACAGGCUCCUCGGGCAGCCAUCGCGCUCCCCAGCUCAUCAUGCCUAGUCUAUCAGUGCCUCAACGCAGGCCAUUCUCAGAGGCGGGGAGAUCAGUCGGCAAGCUCAAGCUUCUGGUCGCGGGGCAACCUGGUAUCGGAAAGACGUCCCUUGUCCAGGCCAUUGCGCACUCUUGCGAGCACAUUGUGCACAUGAAUCCGGUGGCCUCAGCAGCCGACGACACCUUCAGUGAGAUUUGGGCCAGCACGAGGCCGCGACCAUGGUGGCAGGGCGACCCUUCCGCUCUGGCUCCGUCUCGCAAGAGGCGACGGUCGUCCGCAACUGCGAGUCAGGUUCUCGACCGAAACAUCUGCUUCGUCGUCAAGUCUGCCUUUUACAAGACCCAUUCGCACAUGGCCGAGGCGGAAUACGCGGAUGCGCAUGUAGCACCACUGCUGGAGAAGACAAUCAGUGAUUCGGACUUGUCGACGCUGCUGUCGACCGGUGGCGAGUCGAAUGUCGAUGCUGUCCUGUAUCUGAUCGCUCACACAGGCCUCGAAAUUCGCGACAUUGAAUGCAUCACGUCCUUGCAGCAGAAGACCAACGUCAUUCCUCUGCUCGCGCGGGCCGACGAACUCGAUGACGAUGCCAUCUCAGCAGCCAAGGACCUGAUCUGCCAGCAGAUCCAGGAGCAAGGGCUGGACUGCUUCUCUUUCUGCAGUCCUGAGAAUGCCAUGGACAAUGUCCCCAUCUUCGCUGUGUCCAGCGCAACCAGGGUCGAUCACAGCAUGAUGGAUGCAAGCGUCUUGAUGAGCUCUGGCUAUAUUCAACCCUUGGUGCCCACGGAUUUAGAGUCCCUAGUGCAAAACAUUUUCACAGCCGAGGGAUGCGCAUGGCUUCGCCACAGCACCGCUGGCAAGUGUGUCCGAUGGCGCAGGGAACGGAUCCAGAAUGCGGGCUUGCGCAUGGCUCUCACCCACCGCGACCCGUCGAGAUGCGCCAUCAGUCCUGUCCUUACGGUCAACCCCUUCGCCCGGCGGUACUGGGAUAGAGUCGAGUUAUCAAACUGGGCGCAAGGCUUGCGACAUAGCCUCGAGGCGGAGAGGCAUCACCGAGCCGUCGCGCAGCAGCUGCUCGACGAUAUUUCCAAACAAUCCGUCCGACCGAGAGACAUGGUGGCAAGACCCAAGGACGAGGUCGCGCCGCAGAGGGUGAGGGCGAGGGACCCGGCUGAUCUCGUGCACCAAGACCCCCUUGGUCUCCUGGAUCUUUGGCCUGUGUUAUCGGCCCGCGAUGGUGGUCAGGUCACAGGAUAG